AAUUUCUCACGCAAAUCUCUCUCUCAAGCCAAAUUACAUUUCUUAGCGCGAGGGUUUUUACACAACUGCUUCUUCUCUCUCGCUCUGACUCUUAUUUAUGAAGCUCUCCAGCUCGCAGCAGCAUCGCCUUCGAAUUCUGGGUCGGAUCUCCGAUUAGGGCAGUUCGAAUGAGAUGGCAUCUUCACAUAAUGUUGAGUUGGAGGCAGCCAAGUUUCUCCACAAACUCAUUCAAGAUUCUAAAGAUGAGCCUGCCAAACUUGCUACGAAGCUUUAUGUGAUACUACAACACAUGAAGUCAAGUGGGAAGGAACAUUCCAUGCCAUAUCAAGUGAUAUCAAGGGCCAUGGAGACUGUUAUUAAUCAGCAUGGUCUUGAUAUUGAAGCUUUGAAGUCCUCACGCCUUCCUAUGUCUGGUGGAACUCAAACAGCUUCUUCUCAUGCUGUUGCCGUUGCAAAAGAUUCCAAAGCAGGCUUGGCUGAAAAUGAGAUAUCUAAUAUGGACAAGUUUUCUUUAAGUGGACCACCUGUUGGCCCUAGCAGUACAGGAAAUGAUUAUUAUCAAGGAUCCGCAACUCAUCGGAGUAGUCAAUCUUUUGAUCAUGAAAGUCCAUCUAGUUUAGACUCUAGGUCUGCCAAUUCACAGUCACAAGAAAGGCGUGAUACAAACAAACAGGUGAAUCGAAAGGAUGGUAAAAAACCCACCACUAAGAGGAAGAGGGGAGAUACAUCCAUGCCUAUGGAACCGCAUCCUGAAAACCCUCAACAUCUUGAUACAGGAAAUGCUGCAGUUAAUACAAGGAAGGGAAAGACAAACAAGGUCGAACCACCUGCUGGUUUCUCAAGUAAAGGUGGUGAAACUGCUAGUUUUAAUAUUGGUCUGGGUGGUGGUCAAAUGGAACAUUUUACAUCGUUCUCUGGAAGUAUGAGACCACUGCUCAGAGCCAAGCAAGAAGGUCAACCUUCAGAAAAGCAGUUGGAUGUGACAAAUACUACCAAUUCGAUGUCUCGGGCUCUAAGUUCAAAUCACCCUGAAGAAAUGGAAGUUUCCUCUACUCAUAAUGCUUUAACAAAGCAGCAAGCCACUUCCAUACCUCCUAUACAUGACACUAUGGGCAUAUGGAAUCAAAGUAAAGCUGGCUUUCCAUUUGAAAAAUCUCAAGUUCCCAGAUUUUCUUCUAAUGUUGCCAUUCCAGGUAAUAUGUCAGCAGACAUUCCAAUGCAGCAGUCAACGUCUCCAUCACCUGGAUCAAGCUCUUUUGGCAAGAUUCAAGGAGGCGUGCCAGUUGCAUCUGGUUCAUACCAAGUAGCAGAACCUGGAUUCUCAAGUCCAAUCAAUUACAGCAGCACAUUGGCCUCGACUGGAAAGGUCUCUGAGCAUGAUGGAGGAAAUACUAAUAUAUUAGCGGAUGGAAAUAAGACAUCUCAGGCUGGAAGGCAAAAUAGUGCAGUAGAAAUGAGUAUGCUGAGAAGUGCAGCUCUGAGAGAUACUGGUAAAUCCCCAGUUCACUUGGCUUCUGGAUCUCCUGGCAUGCCUUUCCAGGAACAGCAGUUGAAGCAGCUCAGAGCACAGUGCCUUGUCUUUUUAGCCUUCAGAAAUGGUUUGAUGCCAAAGAAACUACAUCUUGAAAUUGCACUCGGUAACAUUUUCCCUAAAGAAGGUGGCAAUACAGAUGGAUCUCGUAAGGAGUUCAUUGACCAUAAAGGAAAAGCGCAGUUUUCAAAUGAGCCAAAUAUCAUUUCUGAUGCUACUACACCAUAUGGAAGACUUAGCAAUGAGAGGGAAACUGAUAAAAUGCUGCCCGGUGCCUUGUCCACCGGAAAGUUCCCUGAGACUGACUCUUUGUUCAUAGAAACUGAGAACCCGAAAAUGGAAGAAAAAAAUGGCCCACCUCCAGAUCACUUUGUACUUGCAGAAGAAAGAAACCAUCUUAUUGGUUUACAGAAACCAGAAUCUGAAAUACAGACCCAUGAGACCACAAUCUCGCCAGCAUGUUUAACCAUUUCAUCACAGCAUCCUGAAUCUUCAGGUGCAAGGAGUGGUUCAACUGUCAGUAAUCCUUUGGACAAUAUGGAAAAUGGACAUUUGCAACUUGGAAGGGUCCCAAAUCUUAGCAGCAGCAAUGUCAUGGGGAAUCAGUAUACAGGUAAUCACCCGGCUUCUUUUUCACUCAGAGAUUCUUGGAAACCGAUUUCUGGAAUUGGAAAUGAUCAUCACACAGCAGGUGCAUCAAAGGAUGCUCAUAUCCUACCGAAACAUUUAUCUCAGGGACAAGCAAAGAACGGUAACCAUGCUGAUUUGCCACCUUCACCAAAGUACACUAUGUCAGAAAAGUGGAUUAUGGAUAAGCAGAAAAAGAAGCUUUUGGAUGAACAAACUUGGAUUCUAAAACAGCAAAAAGCGAAGCGAAAAAUUGCGACAUGUUUCCACAAAUUAAAGGAAAAUGUGAGCUCUUCUGAAGAUAUAUCUGCAAAAACCAAAAGCGUCAUAGAACUGAAAAAACUACAACUCUUGGAGCUGCAAUGCCGUCUCCGAAGUGAAUUCUUGGGUGAUUUCUUCAAACCAAUCAAUACUGAAAUGGAUAACUUGAGAAGUUGUAAGAAAUAUAGACAUGGUAGGAGGAUAAAACAACUUGAAAAGUUUGAGCAAAAGAUGAAGGAAGAGCGACAAAAGAGAAUUCGGGAGAGGCAAAAGGAGUUCUUUGGUGAAAUUGAGGUUCACAAGGAAAGACUGGACGAUGUGUUUAAACUUAAGAGAGAACGCUGGAAGGUUUUCAAUAAAUAUGUGAAGGAGUUCCACAAAAGGAAGGAACGUAUCCAUCGUGAGAAGAUUGAUAGGAUCCAACGUGAAAAGAUAAAUUUAUUGAAGAUCAAUGACGUGGAGGGAUAUCUGCGAAUGGUGCAGGAUGCCAAAUCUGACCGUGUUAAGCAACUUCUCAAAGAGACUGAGAAAUAUCUUCAAAAGCUCGGUUCCAAACUACGAGAUGCAAAGGCUUUGGCAAGCCGAUUUGAGCAUGAUGUGGAUGAAAGUGGAACUGCAAGUGUAGUGGAGAAGAGUGAGCCUACUUUUGAAAAUGAAGAUGAAAGUGACCAGGCUAAGCAUUACAUGGAGAGCAAUGAGAAGUACUAUUUGAUGGCUCAUAGUAUAAAAGAGACUGUUGCUCAGCAGCCAUCUAUUCUUACUGGUGGAAAAUUGAGAGAGUAUCAAAUGAAUGGCUUAAGGUGGUUGGUAUCACUAUACAACAAUCAUUUGAAUGGUAUUCUGGCUGAUGAAAUGGGCCUAGGUAAAACUGUUCAGGUAAUUUCAUUAAUUUGUUACCUGAUGGAAACAAAAAAUGAUCGAGGACCAUUCCUAGUGGUUGUGCCAUCUUCAGUUUUACCUGGAUGGGAGUCAGAAAUUAACUUUUGGGCCCCUAGUAUUCUUGGAAUUGUCUAUGCUGGCACCCCUGAGGAGAGACGUAGGCUAUUCAAGGAAAGGAUAGUUCAACAGAAAUUUAAUGUCCUCCUUACGACAUAUGAGUAUCUGAUGAAUAAGCAUGACAGACCAAAACUAAGCAAAAUACACUGGCAUUAUAUAAUAAUUGAUGAAGGUCACCGGAUAAAGAAUGCUUCCUGCAAGUUAAAUGCCGAGCUUAAGCAUUAUCAGAGCUCUCACAGAUUGCUGUUAACUGGAACUCCAUUACAGAAUAAUCUCGAGGAGUUGUGGGCGCUACUAAACUUCUUGUUGCCUAAUAUUUUUAAUUCGUCAGACGAUUUUUCUCAGUGGUUCAACAAACCAUUUGAAAGUGGUGGUGAUAACUCAGCUGAACAAGCCUUGCUGUCUGAGGAAGAAAAUCUAUUGAUCAUAAACCGUCUUCAUCAAGUACUUCGACCAUUUGUCCUCCGGAGGCUGAAGCAUAAGGUUGAGAAUGAACUACCCGAAAAGAUUGAGAGACUUGUAAGAUGUGAGGCUUCUGCUUAUCAGAAGCUUCUAAUGAAGAGGGUAGAAGACAAUUUGGGUACAAUUGGAAAUUCUAAGGCGCGGUCAGUGCACAACUCUGUUAUGGAGCUUCGCAAUAUAUGUAAUCAUCCAUAUCUCAGCCAGCUUCAUGCAGAGGAGGUUGAUAACUUAAUACCAAAGCAUUAUCUUCCCCCAGUCAUAAGGCUUUGUGGGAAGCUUGAGAUGCUAGAUCGACUACUUCCCAAGCUAAAAGCCACAGAUCAUAGGGUUCUUUUCUUUUCGACAAUGACUAGGCUACUUGAUGUUAUGGAGGAAUAUCUUAACAUUAAGCAAUAUCAGUACCUUAGGUUGGAUGGACACACAUCUGGGGGUGAUCGUGGUGCCCUAAUUGAUACGUUCAACAAACCGGAUUCUCCCUAUUUUAUAUUUCUUCUUAGCAUUCGGGCUGGUGGCGUUGGAGUAAAUCUUCAAGCUGCAGAUACAGUAAUCAUAUUUGACACUGAUUGGAAUCCACAGGUUGAUUUGCAAGCACAGGCAAGGGCUCACAGAAUCGGCCAGAAGAGGGAAGUCCUUGUUCUUCGGUUUGAAACGGUUCAAACCGUUGAAGAACAAGUCAGAGCUGCAGCUGAGCACAAGCUGGGAGUUGCGAAUCAGAGCAUUACUGCUGGUUUCUUUGACAACAAUACAAGUGCUGAAGACCGAAGAGAAUAUUUGGAGUCCCUUUUGCGUGAGUGUAAGAAAGAAGAAGCUGCACCUGUAUUAGAUGAUGAUGCCUUAAAUGAUCUUUUAGCUCGCAGUGAGCCAGAAAUUGAUGUUUUUGAAUCAGUUGACAGAAGAAGGCGAGAAGAAGAGAUGGCAACAUGGAGAAAGUUGGUAUGUGUAAAAAGCAUGGAUAGUUCGGAGACUCUACCUCCCUUGCCUUCUCGCCUUGUUACAGAUGAUGACUUGAAGGAGUUCUGCGAAGCAAUGAAGGUAUAUGAGGUUCCAAAAACUGGUGAAAGGUCUAAUGAUGGGUUAAAGCGGAAGGGUGGAUCUCUCGGGGGCCUUGAUACUCAACGUUAUGGCCGGGGAAAACGGGCAAGAGAGGUGCGUUCAUAUGAAGAGCAAUGGACAGAAGAGGAAUUUGAAAAGUUAUGUCAAGCCGAAUCACUGGAUUCCCCUACAAAACCAAAAGAAGAAGCUACUGAGACAAACAUGCCAAAAGAUGACAGUGGGUCUGUGGUGGCUGUUUGUGAAACAGAACUUCCUGCUCCACUCCCACCACACAUAUUGUCACCCUCAGUGGAGCUUUCCCAGAUGCCGCAAAGUAAAGAGGUUACCCCACCAGUUAAACGAGGCCGUGGAAGGCCAAAAAGAGCAACAUUAAAUCAAUCACCAGCUGCAAUGGUUCUUACAGCACCUUCUGGAACUAUUAAAGUGGAUAUUGGGUUGCAAAGAGGGAUGACAUCUAGCCCUGCCACAAACUCGGGCCCUGAUUCAACACCUACUUCUGCUAAUGCACAGAAUAUUGGUGGAAUUGUACAACAUACUAGUAUUGUGGCCUCACCUAAUUCUCAGGCAAUUGCUCCUAAACCUUCUGUUACUCCUGAUUCUCAGACGGCCGCUAUUAGCCCUUCUCCAUCAACACAGUCAAGAGGAAGAGGUCGGAAGGCUCAAAGUGGACCAGAAGUACCCAGGCGUAGGGGAAGGAAACAGGCGCCAAUAUCACCUGGUGUUGGUGGAGUAUCUGGUCUUGAUCCAAAACAAAAUGAAGCAUCACAGAACAUAUCUGUGAAUCCACUAGAAAAUCAAGCCCUUGGCAUGAGUGGAACUGUUUCUAGUACUUCCGCAGUCCAACAACCUGAGUCUUUUUCUGGAUCUGCUCCUUUACAAGGUCUGAAUGGGGCUGAUCAUCAACUUGGUGAUGUUGUAGCUUUGAGUUCUCAGCCAGCCCUUUCUUCUCCGUCUGUUGCUUCUUUGUCUCAGUCUUCUCCUUCCCCUUCUGUUCCCGAGCAAAUGAAAGGGCAAGAUCGGAAGGUUCAAGGUGGCGUAGGGGCACUGCGACGUAGGGGAAAGAAACAGGCGCCAAUAUCGCCUGCUGUUACUGAUGUGUUAGGUGGUCAAGAUUUGAAACCCAAUCUGCAACCACAGGAUAAACCUGGGGAUUCAUCUGGAAGCAAAGACAUUGCCAUGCAAAGUAAGCAAGAGGCUGAUGGUUUAGCUGGUCAGGAUCUGAACUUAACCGAAGAGUCAGUAAAUUUGGCCCAAUCCAAGCAGAUAACAAGCUCAACAAUGAUGCAUGAUACAUCUGUCAGAUCCCUUGGUCCUGCUUUGGGAGAAAGUCAAAAUGUUGUCGCAUGCAAUUCUGCUGUUACAGUGAAUGAAGGUGCUGCAGCACCGGCUAUUCCAACUCCCUUAACUGCACCUCCAUGUACUCCUUUAAUUGAAUCCUUUCCCAAUUCAACUGCCGUGGAAAACACCGGUGAGGCGAAAUAUGAUGUUGCUAAGACUGCUCCUAGCUCUCAGUCAAUGCCUUCCAAUCCUUCUGCUCGUCUAGCUUCUCGAUCUCUCACUCCUUGCUCUUCUGAAACAGUACAAGUCAAAAGACAAGGUCGAAAGACUUCAAACAGAGCCGAAGCACCUCGUCGUAGGGGAAGGAAGCAGGCUCCGGUGUUACCAUCUGUUUCUGAUGGUCCAGCCAGUCAGAAUCCAAACUUAAGUUUACAAUCACAGAAUGCAUCUGCUGAUACAUAUGGGAGUAAGUCUGCUGCACUGAGAGGUAAGCAAGGUACUGAUGGACAGGAGUUGACAAAUGUUACUCAAGACCAGGCAAGUCAAGCACAUUUAGUGGGUCAUGAUCCAAAGAGAAAAGAGCAGCCAGUCUUUUCAACCCACAAUAAGCAGCCUGCAAAUUCAUCGUCAACGCCUGACGUUCCUCCAGGAUUCCCUGAUAAGAGUUCUGCUUUGGGCCGUAUCCAGACUGCUGAUGUAAGUGAUGUUGCUCGUGUGAUGAAGGAGGUCUUUUCUGGAACACGUUUGUCAAAACCUAAAAUUCCCGAGUCAUCUGUGAGAGAGGGUAAGGUUGUCCCUUGUGUACCUGUAUCAAGCAAGGCUCCUGUGGAAUUAGCCAAAAACCAAUGUUUGGAGGAUAAGGCAUCUCCCACUGUGUCAACUUUGGAAACCGCAGCCCAUCUACUUGACCUCCCAGCGAAUUACGAAAAGCAAUCUAGGACUGGUGUUAGUGCAGAAGGGGAGAGGGACAAACCACCUGCUUUGAAUGAAACCCAUGUUCCCAUCACAAAUAUGGACCAAGACUCAACAGCUGUAGGUUCCACUAAAGAAAUGGAAGACUCAAAACAACUCUGUGUUGAUGGUUCAACUAUGGUGAGUAAAACAGAGACUGUUGUUCAGACAUUGUAUCGAGAUGUUGAUGUGCCUGCUUCUAGUAUUGGGUCCUCUGGGGGUGAGAUGAAUUCAUCUUUGGUAUUUGAAAGUAAUAUUGAGCAUCCUCAGGUGAUUGGGAGUGAUUCCGGAAAGAAAAUUGAAUCUUUUUCAGGAGAUUCUCAUAAAUCCUCGUCUGUUGAGCACCCUUCAAUUUCCAAGGACACUGAGAAUGCUAGUCUUCAUCUUGUUGUUACACCUCCUGUUCCUGGGGUCCCAGUUGAGUCAAGUGAGGUAGGCCUUCCUGCUGUGGUUGAUUCUGAAAACAAAAUAGGGAGUUAUGCUAAAGAGAAUCCAACAUCUCCUUGUAUUACCAAGGAUGCUGGCCAUCAUUCUGAAGACCCUUCACCUAUUACUUCAAGUCCAGAUCAUUUAGUUGUUGCUCCUGGUAUUACUGAAAUGACUGACAUAAAUUCAGCAGACAAAUCGGAGCAUUCUUCAAAAGAGUCCCAAGAAUCUUCCCCUCAUGAUAGAAAAACCAUUCUAUUCAUGUCAUCUGAAAAUGUUUGUCCUGGAGAAAGUGCACCCUUGUCUGUGGGUUUAGAGGAUGUAGUGCCUCCUGUUAGGGCUGAAGAUGACCCUGGAAGAAAGAAUAAGCCUGCUUCAGAAGGUUGCGCACAAAACUCUCCUCUGAGCCAUGGUAAUUCCACAAUUAUUCUGGCAAUGCUAAAUCUUGAUUCUAGUGGGGGUUCUCUUGACAAAGUUGACAUGCCUUUUACAGAAUCUGAAGAUGUUAAUCGUUCUGGUGAAGGUGUUUGUUUAAAUUCAGAAAUUUCAUCCAAGAUUGAUGAUUCUGAAGCUUCUCAUGAAUCAAGUGGUGGCGAUUUAGGGCGUAAUACCACUUUGCAUGUAAUUCCUUCUGAAAAGGGCAUCUUGGAACUUGGAACCGAAAUGAUUGGGGAUGGUAGUAUUGAUGUUUGCGAUAUGGAAGUGGACCCUGCUGAGGGUGAUCACAUGGAUAUUUCUCAUGCUGGUAGUUGUCCACCUGAAAAAGUAUUGGACAUGGUUUUACCCUCAUCUUCAUUGGUAGUGGUGGGAGAAAUUCAUGAAUCAUCUGAUAGAGCUCAAGUUGGUAGCUAUAAGGCACAGGAGAACCCAAAAGUUUCUAGUCCUGCCUUGGUUGUUUCUCAGGAUGUUAUAUUUGUAUCAGAAGAUAAAUCAAAAGUCUUGCCGUCAUCUUCUGUAGGGGAAGCGGAAACAGUGGAGGGCUCAUCUGUGAGACGCCAAAGUAGCAGCUCACAAUCUCUAGUGGAACAGAAUCACGCUGUCACUGAAAUGGAUGUUAAAUCGCCACAACAUAUCUCUGAAAAAAUUGAUCUUUCUUCAUCUUUAAACACAGGGGAAGAAAAGAUUGAGGGUUCAUCUGAGAAGAGGCCAAGUUGCAGCUCAGUACUACCGGAAGACACAAAAGGUUCUGAAGCUUUAACAGUUGUUCAGAUGGAUUUCUCUCAGGUUCAUGGAACUGUGCAAGAGAAUAUUGUAUCAGAAGUUUCUAGAGCCAAAAGAGAUGCUCUAAAUGAUUCAUCUCAGAUUGAUGGGAAUCUACCGGAAAUGAGUGUGACUGGAAACUUAGAUUCUCCUCUAUCUUUAGUGACAGAGGAAGGAAAUACUGGUAUAUCUGGAAAGUUUCCAGUCGGCGGUCCAGUACCAGUGGAAGAAGAAAAGAUUGAUGGAACAUCUGUGAAACUUUUCGGUGGGAGUUCAGACUUAUUAGGAGAACCGAAAGGAUCUGAUACUGAAAUGGAUGUUUCUCUGGUUAGUGAGCUCCAGCCCGAAAAUUUAUCAGAAAGUGAUAUUCUGUCUUCAUCUUCUGUUGUAGUUAAGGAAGGAAAGGUUGAGUGCUUAUCUGAGAGCGGUCCAGCCAGAUCAAUAGUGCUGGGGGAUGCAUCUGAAGCUUUAGUUUCUGAUAAAAUGGUUGUCUCUGAGGUUGACACAUUUGUGCCCGAAAGGAUGCUAGAAGAUAUGCCUUCAUCUUCCUUGACAAAAGAGCAUGGAGGAACUGAGGGCUCUACCGAGAAGGGUCAAGAUGGCAGCAACUCAGUACAACUUGAGGAAUCAACUGGAAAGGAAGAUGAAAUGGAUCAUCCAAGGGAAACACCCAGAUAUUCUGGGGAUUUGCUUGUAAAAGAAAGUGUUGAUUCAGAAGAGGAGGUUCAACGGUUAUCCAAGAAGGAAGGUGUAAGGAGCUCAGCGCAGCUGUUGGAAUCAAUGGUUUCUGAACCUGAAACGGGUGAUCAUUCCGAUGCAUCCAAGGUUGGCAUGGUACCACUAGAAGAUACAAUGGCGGAGGAUGUUGACCUGCCUGCAUCCUCGAUAGAGACUGAAGGAAAGGGUAUAGAUCGUCCAUCUGAGGUUCUAGACGGCAGCUCAGUGAUGGAGGGUCCAAAAACACCUGUAGCUGACAAGGAUACUCAGGUGAAUGCUCCUGAUACUUGUGAGAGGGAGCCAGAAGUUGUGUCUGAAUCUGUGGACAUGCCUCCGGUUACCUCGACCGUGGUGGAUGAUGGUGUCAAAGGUUCAUCAGAAGCAGUUCCCAUAGGCAGCUCCAAAGCACCAGAGAUGUUGGAAUCUGAAGCUAAAAUAUUUGAUAGUGUUGAAUGCUUAUCUGAGGCAAGGCCCGUAGGCAGCUCUGAAUCACCAGAGUCAAAAUCUGAAGCUAAAGUUGCUGAUACUUCUCAGGUUUCUGAGACAAUGCCAGAACUUGCAUCUGAAAAUGCGGAUCAGCCUCCAGUUAACAUGGCCGUGGAGGGUGACAAUAUUGAAGGCUUAUCGGAGGCAGGGCCAGUGGGCAUCUCGGAACCACCAGAGGAAUCAAAAUCCGAAGCUAAAGUUGCUGAUGCUUCUCGGGUUUCGGAGACAAUGCCAGAAGUUGCAUCUGAAAACGUGGAUCAGCCUCCAGUUAACAUGGCCGUGGAGGGUGACAGUAUUGAAGGCUUAUCGGAGGCAGGGCCAGUGGGCAUCUCGGAACCACCAGAGGAGUCAAAAUCUGAAGCUAAAGUUGGCGAUGCUUCUCCCGUUUGUGGGACAAUGCCAGAAAAUGUCCGAAGACAUGGAUAUUCAGCCAUCGAUAGCGGCAGAGGAGGGUGAAAAUGUGGAGCUACCAGCUGAGGGACCUGUUGGCGGUAACUCAAUGGAACAGCCUUGAAGUUAACUAACUGCCUGACUAGAGAGUUUUAGUACAGCUUGUUGGAGCAUAAAAACACCUAAACUAACCAUUCAGUAAAUUAUAGUUUGCUGCCCCUUCUAAAAGGGAAUUAGGUUCCUAAUUAAUAUUUAUGUAGAUAAAGUAUUCAUAUGACUUAUUUUGUGGAAAACCCUCUUUCUGGGUUUGCUGCUUUA